ACACCAUCAUCCACUACUCAACUAAGCCAUGGCCAAGCUUCUCCAAACCCUAAUGUCCAUCGCCCUCCUCCUCGCCGCGUCUGCCACCACAGCGCGGUCCCAAUCGACGGCCUUCACCUACGACUUCUGGGGCGACCAGCCGACUGACCUCACCUACCAAGGCGACGCCCAUUUCCCGUCGGACUCCACCUUCCUCCGCCUCACCGACGCGCAGGCGAACAAAGUCGGCCGGGUCUUGUACUCGAACCCGGUCCAGUUCUCCCAAACCGGCGGCCAAGUCGACUUCGAAACCACCGUAAACUUCAUCAUCACACCCGGCUCCGGCAACUCCGCUGCUGACGGCCUCACCUUCUUCAUCGCCCCCGUCGGCUCCACCAUCCCCUCCUCCUCCAGCGGAUCCAACUUCGGCAUCUUCGGCUCCUCCGGCAGCAGCCCCUCCGUCUUCGCCGUCGAAGUCGACACCUACGUCAACGGCGGGUGGGAUCCGAACUAUCCCCACAUCGGCAUCGACAUCGGCUCUCGGUCAUCCAGCAACACGACGGAGGUCGACAGCUCCAUACUCGGGCAGCAGGUGACGGCGAGGAUCAACUACGCCGCCGCCACGAAGAUGAUCGCCGUCCGUGUCACCGCCGGCUCGGAGACAUUUGAGGUCAGCUAUGAGUACGAUUUGAGCGGUUUUCUUCCUGAGCAAGUUCAGGUCGGGCUCUCCGCCUCCACCGGGACAUACAUGGCCACGCACGACAUCGUGGCGUGGUAUUUCACGGCCACCAUGGUGCAAAACGACGGCGACGUCGCUGCCAAGAGCAGGAAGGAGCUCGGUGGAAACAUUCGUCAAGUUGUGUGAUUUUGUAAUGUAUGUGUAGUUUGGGUCGUAAAUAAGGACUAGCGAUCGAGUGUGCUCUCGUUAAGUCUAGGAAUAAGGUAAUCCGCAUCUCUAUGUAUGGAAUGCUUUGGGAGUAAUUUUAGUUUUCUGUUAUUUGCAAGGUUAUCUAUGGAAGAUUUCUUUUAGGACUUUUA